CUUUUAAAUUUUAACAAAGAAUUACGCCAUCAGAAUGUCGAAGAAAAAAUAUAACUUUAGAGAUGUAUCUUACGGCUUGCAAAAACUUAGAAACUUUCUAUUAGGAAGAAAACAUACACUUCAUGGUCGAUUUCCUCCCUUAUUAGCUCCACGUACUAUUCCACCUGCUGAGAUACCAAGGGGACCCGAUUCUAAAUAUUCUGAAAAAUAUUACUUUAAAAGAAAUGCUUUUAAUUCAGUUCUACCACCAGUUGUGGCACCAGUGGCUGAAGGCCCACCUAUUUUAAAAGAUCCAGUCAAAAAAAUUGCUUCUACGGUUAUUCCUCCUGACGCCAUAUGUUUUAACUACGCUCCAACACCAGGUCCUGCGUGGUGGUGGGAUGGCCAUUUCUACUACGAAAACGUGCCGGAUCCGAUUCGUGUUCCUCCAGGAAGUGCUUCGCCCUGUCCAUCUUCACCUCAACAAUAACAACAAU